CGUCCCUGUGGGGUUCGCCAUCUAAGCGAUUCAGCCCCGAUCUCACGAUUCGCACUUUCUCCGGACGAACCCCGGUCCUACAGGCAAAUCAGAGCCCUGGUUGUUGGUGUUGUGGCCAGCAUCGUUACGGGCAAACGCAGCGUGACGCCCCAGAGAUUGCAGAGAUAACGACGGUUGUUCUGGCCAUCCAUCAACCCCAGAUUGACCUAUGCGGGAUGGCGGGGUUACCUACCCCCAACACAGUGACACUGGGCAGCCGGUGCUAUCCACUGGAAUGUGCCGAUAAGUGCAGCGCAAGGUUGGUUGAAUGGACGGGAUAGCUACCGGGCGGUGUUUUCUUUGGUCACUGUUUGCAAGGAUGAGGCGGUUCUAGACAAAAGGUGCAUUUGGUAUGCUCAUUGGGUGGUCGGAUGCUGCCUCUGACAUCCUAUCAACGGCUAGACUCCAAUGCGACCAUCCUCCAACACCCAUUGAAGUCGAGCGAUUGGAUGAUACGUGUCAUUCGAAACACAUCGCUCGAUCCAAUGGCAGACACGCACGCGACCCGACUGCUGGAGUGGGAAUCAAGAGAACAACUAUGCCGUGACAGCGGACCGACAACGCGACAAGCGACGCGCGCUGGCCCACGUUUUCUUUUCCUGCUCACUUGUCGCUCCAUCGUCUACAAAUCUCGACACAGUGCUGAGUUCGUCCCGAGCAGUCGCUCGCCCUUGCAGCCUAAAGAGGAUAACGCAGGCGACGAGACAAGCAGUUUACGCGAGGUGGAUGUUGGAGAAGGUUGGCAACCAUUACGACUCAGACUUGACCUCGCACAGCAGAAUUUUCAGGGCUUUGUGAAAAGUCGGUGUGGCAAAGCCAGGCGGUUGACUCUCAUGCUUCUGCUGCUCUUGUGGCUCGGUUUCCCCUCGCCUCCACGUUUGGCUGGGGGCUAGAUGGCUAGACGCCCACUUAGUGCCACCAUAAGGUGCCAAACCAAGCACACACUUGCACCAUCCAUAAUGCCGCUCGGCAAAGAGAGGGUCGGUGUCGUCAUGCCGUGCUCGGGAUGACGGAAAGUCUCUGUUCCAUGGCGUGCUGCUCUACUGGAAUCUUUGUGUCAUCAACCAACCGAGCAGAACGGGCAGAGUCUGGGGUCAAGAGCGGGAUGCGCAGAAUCUCUCGGGGAAUUACUAAAGCGACCUGGAAGCAUGCGCUGCCCAAUCGAGACAAGCAAGGCAAUAUUGGAACAGGGCAGUGCUCACGGCCGACCUAUUUCAGCC